AUGGUUCGCAGCAUCAUCUUCCUUUCUCUACUCGCAGCGGCCUCGACCGUUGUGAGCGCUGCACCCCAGCCGCAAACUAUCCCGGGUGCAUACCUUUUUGAAUUCGAGCAUGGCGUUGAUACGGCAGCAUUUCACAAAGCAUAUAAGGGGCAUGCAAUCAAACGGAGGGAUCUGAAUUACAAGUUGUUUCACGGCACUUCGAUUCACUUUAGAGAUCUCGACACGGCGGAGGAGAAAGCCACCGAGCUGGGGAAGAUGGCCGGUGUUAGGUCAAUUCGCACCUUGAAAGAAUAUCAUCGUCCCGAUGACAAGGUCAUGUGGACCGGCAACAGCGGGCGAGCGUAUCAAAAGAGUCGGAAGCGUGAUUCACAAGAUGGCGGUCGUGAUCAUGACGCUUUCACCCCACACCUCAUGACACAGGUCGACAUGCUUCGAGAGGCAGGCUACACAGGAAAGGGUUUCAAAAUUGCGGUUAUCGACACUGGUAUCGACUUCAAGCACCCUGCUCUCGGAGGCUGCUUUGGAAAGGGUUGCCUCGUGUCAUACGGUCACGACUAUGUCGAUGGUGACAACGUUGAGGAGCCGACCAUGGACUGCGACGGGCAUGGCACUCAUAUCUUCGGCUGCAAUGGCACGGCUCCCGGCGACGCCAUAGCUGCAGCUUUCGCCCAGGCCUUUGAGGACGGAAGCGACAUCAUUUCUGCUUCUCUUGGCGGUGAUCAGGGUUGGUCUCAAGAAGAGGGCUCUGUCAUCGUGCAGCGUAUCGUUGAGCAAGGGGUGCCCUGCGUCGUUGCGACGGGCAACUCGGGCGCAUCGGGACUCUUCUUUGCCUCUGGGCCAGUUGAUGGCAUCGGUUCCACGGCUGUCGCUUCUUUUGACAACGUGGUCAUACCUCAGCUACUCACAGAGUCUACGUACAGCAUCGAUGACGAUGGCGAGGUCACCUUUGGUUGGCAUGAGGGCGCCCCUGCUGCGUGGGCUGAUGUGGAGCUUCCCCUUUACGCUACAAGUCUCGACGCCGAGCUGUUCGAUGAUGCUUGCGACCCUCUUCCUUCCGACACUCCUGAUUUGAGCAACCGCAUUGUUCUGAUUCGCCGCGGAACUUGCACAUAUGACGAGAAAGCUGCGAAUGCCGCCGAUAAGGGUGCCAAAUACAUCAUGUUCUACAACAACGUACCUGGCAUCGAGGAUGUCUCGUCGGCUCAUGCUCAAAUUCUUGCCGUGGCCAUGACCACUGCAGAAGAAGGCGAGUAUUGGUUGCAGGCUCUAGCGGCAGGUUCCAAGGUGACGCUUCAUAUGACCGACCCCAUCGAGUCGGACGCUGUCCUCGAGCAUGGCAAUAACACCAUAACUGGAGGCUUUGCCAGCACCUUCACAUCUUGGGGUCCCACGUGGGAGGCUGAACUGAAGCCGCAGUUCGCUGCACCUAGAGGGCAUAUUCUCUCGCUCUGGCCUAGAGCAUUGGGCAGCUAUGCCGUGCUCGGUGGCACAUCGAUGGCCACUCCGCUCGUGUCUGGUGUUCUUGCUUUGUUGGCCGAAAUCCGCGGACGUCUUGAUCCAGUCGAACUCACCAAUAUUUUGGCUGCCACAGCCAAGCCGCAUUUCUUUAACGAUGGAAACCAGGCCUUUAACCAACUCGCACCCGUUCCCAAGCAGGGAGCUGGCUUGAUCCAAGCGUACGAGGCUGCUUUCACCACCACCAUCCUCAGCGUGUCGAGUCUCGCUUUCAACGAUACGGAGCACCUCCGCUCGCUAUCGUUCAGCAUCAAGAACGUUGGAGACGCAGAUGUUACCUACACACUUGACCACCGUCCUGCGGCCAUGGCCUAUACCUUUGCUGCAGGUACCGGCCGCGCGGAUACUUUCCCCAACGAGCUGACAGACGAUUAUGCGACUCUUUACUUCAGCAAGCCUAUCAUCACUGUCAAGGCGGGAAGAGAGGAGAAGGUCACAUUGUCUCUCGACCUUCCAGAGGAUGUCGACAACGCUCGCUUGCCUGUGUACUCUGGCUACAUCGCGCUGUACGGUGAUGACGGCAAGGUGUUGCACCUCCCCUACAUGGGGAUAGCCGGUAGCAUGCGAGAGACGCCUGUGCUGGCAAGUGCCAAUGGUUUCGUCUACGAGGCACAGACGCCAACACGAUCCAUCGUCAAUGCAAGUUUCGUGCUUCCUGCGCAGGGCACAGCCGAUCCUACCACAGAUACUCUCCCCGGUGUCAAUCUCGAGUCCAUCCUGGGUACCAGUGUGGCGUAUCUAGAGGUCAUUCCCGUCGGCAGUCACGAUGAGGGGCUCACGUACGAGUUCCUCGACGUCAGGACCAUGGGGUCUGCGGUGCCUGCACUCCGGUGGAUCACGCGCCAGACCGACGUCGUUCUCACUUGGGAUGGCCAGCUCGACAGUGAGAAGUAUGCCCCGGCCGGUCGCUACAAGUUUGAUGUCAAGGUGCUGCGUGUUUUUGGCGACGCAGAGGAUCCCGACGACUACGACACGAUCGAGACGGCCGCGUUCUCCAUCAGGUACGAGGCGGGCAGCGGUUAA